CAAGAAUCAAAGUAUCACUAUAAGCAGACAUAUAGCAGCAUCAUGUGAGAUGGAGAUUACCUGGGUCGCCAAUACUCCCCAAACGCGGACUCGUUCAAGAGCUCCACGGGCAUGCACCAGCUGCCAACGGAAAAAGAAACGUUGCAAUCAUUUCUGGACUCAGUUAGGCACAGAACCCAGCCAAAGCCCACGGCUAAAUGAUAAGAAUCGCCAUCAUGACAAUCAGACUCAACAACCAACAAGUGAACAAAAACAGUCUCCACUGGCUAUUCCGGGCCCAUCAGCUGGUGGAGGGUUGCAACGGUUCGUGGGGGAUCUUAACCCUGAAGCUGUCAUCCGCGAGAGACUAGAUGGUCCAUCUUCGAAACCUUUAAGAGAUCGGAUUGGGCUGUGGAUCAGCUCCGCCGGUCAGGAUGGUAUUGAUGCUGAUGAAAACGCUUAUGGAAGACAACAAAGACCGCCGUCUGGCAUAGAAAUACCGUUCACGGCAAGCCUAUCACCUCAACAGCCCAUAGCAACAUUCUUGCAGCAACGAUAUGCUGCUGCUCUACAAUCCUGUGAGCGCCUGCCAUUAUCAACCCGGGACCGGCUGAUUCCUGUUUACUUUUCUCGGGUCAAUCACAUUUUACCAUUACUCGAUAAGGACUUCUUUUUGAAAGCACACUCCGAUGGAACGGCAUCUAUAUUCCUCGAGAGGGCACUAUGUUUGGUGGCAGCAAAAGACCAAACGGCAGGGCCAGCAUUGCGUCUGACUAUUGAUGGCCCGGUCUUGAGUUCUCGGAAAUUCUGCACCGAAAUCUAUAAAGGACUCUCCGCUGCAAUGAACGCAGGACUUGAGUCCGAUCGUAUAACCGUUAUCCGCAUUCUGGCACUCAUGUCGUUACAUUGCGAGGGCUAUGAAGGUGGAGAGGCAGCAUCGAUGAAUAUCUGUCAGGCUAUUCACCAGGCUCAAACUGCAGGGCUACACCUAAAUCGACCCGGCCGGGCACCAGGGGAUUCGCUUUCUAAACUUUUCUGGUGCCUUUGGACUCUAGAUAAGAUGCAUGCCAGUAUCGGCGGUCGCCCUAUCAUUUUAGCUGAUCGCGACAUCGGGAUUGAAAAGCCUGAUCUUAAAUCCUCUGCGCCCCGGUCUGCCUUUGACGUUUGGCUGGCUAUUUCUGACCUGUUAUCGACGGUGAUCUCGUUUUACCGACCUUCAGCAGAUCAUAACAUUGGAUGGGAAGACAACUUUCCAACUUUUGAACAAAUUGUCGGCGACCACAUGCAAGACGAUCUAGACUUUACGACUCUUGGUAUAUUGGAAUUGUACUACCAUGCAGUUGGCAUUCUUUCGUGCAGACCGAAACUGUCCAAUCGAUCUGAUGGUUUGGAACCAUCAUACGUUCGCCAAGGUCUUGCGUCUGUCCGGAUAAAUUCUAUUGUUGCUUCUGAAUGCUCGCAGAAUCUCCCACCUCUACCUGUCGCCCCAUAUGCUCUCUCCCUCUCAAUGGGAGUCUCGUAUCAGCAGUUCCGCUCCAGUAAGCUGAUCACUCAUUUUAACAGAGCUAAGCGUGGCUUGGAAGCUUGUUGCGCCCUACUAGAAGGUCUGGGAACGUAUUGGUACUCUGCGGAAGCUAUGGCUCGACUGGGACGCAAAGCCUUGCACCACAUCGAGGGGCUGAAGCCAGAAACUCGUGGACACGGCUUCGAGUCCGAGAAGCAUAAUUCAGCUGACAAGGUAUCCGAUUUUACUAUUCCAGCGUCGGCGCCUGUCAUGGCACGGCCAUCCUAUCAUCAUCCAAACGACUUGGCUUCUUCAGGUGAAGUGGCUCCUUGUGAGGAUUUAGCCACCACUUCUGCUCAGGAUCUUUCCAGGCUGGAAUCCUUUGGUAUGGGAGAACCUGACGUUUCCGGUAAUGGCAGUUUCGCAGAUAUAGAUAUGCUUUUUGGGGAUUUCCUGGAUCUGUCUCUCCCGACCAACUUCUGGGAUCCCGUGUUCUUUACCGAGAAAGGUUACAAUGAUGGAGCAGAUUGACUGCUAUUUUGUGGUAAAUAAAAGGUUAGAAAAGACAUUACUGUACGCAUUCUCAGCGUAUUCUUUCGGAGACAUGUAUACAACCACACAAUCGUGGUCUUUCAUUGGCUCAUAAAAUAUAUCCAUAUCAGGUUCAAAUUGCAUCCAUCGUCAUCAGCAGCAGUGAAAAAAUUAACGCGCAUAGUUAUUUUAAUAUUACCCGUACCAUCAUCAUUUGAACCGGACUCGGGCUGUGCGAAUAGGAACAGACCUAACGGGCCUAAGGUGUCAGUCAUAGCACGGACCCCAUUCAAAAUGUGACUGAUUAUAGAUGAUCACUCCACGAGGCAAAUGAUGAUGUGGAAUAGGAAGACAACAGCUCUGAAACAGUUCAAUCCUCCGACAUGACAUGACAUGCGGUCCUCCGUGGCCAGCAGCGGAACCACCCACGAGGAAUACGAAAUGAGGCUCAUCUCGUGCUUCUUUCUCCGUUUACGAUAUACU